AACACCCGACCGACCUCACAGCCGCUUCGCCGCACGACCGGGCGGAAGGUCGCGCCACCGGCAGGCGGGGCAGCGGGUCCCGGCUUUCCGGCGCUCUCUGCCCCGCGCCGCGGGCGUGUCGUGAGGAGGGCGCGGAGCCGGGAGCGCAGGGAGGGCUUGCGGGGUGCCGCGCCGGAGAUGGCGUCGCUGCUGCCGCGGAUCGAGCGGCUCUCGUCGCGGGUGGUGCGGGUGCUGGGCUGCAAUCCAGGACCCAUGACUCUGCAGGGCACCAACACCUACCUGGUGGGCUCCGGGCACAGAUGUGUGGGCGACGUUUGUUAUGCCACGGAAAGGGAGUAUCUCCGAGGGAAGAAACAGCGUCUAGGAAGAGUCCUUAUUGACACGGGGGAGCCAUCUAUUCCUGAAUACAUUGGCUGUUUAAAGCAGGCACUGUCAGAGUUCAACAUCUCAAUUCAAGAAAUUGUAGUGACACACUGGCAUCGUGAUCACACUGGCGGAAUACCUGAUAUCUGCAAAAACAUCCCUAAUGACUCUGAAUAUCGCAUCUGUAAGCUACCUCGUGUCCCUCCCCGUGAGGAAAUAAUAGAAGGAGGACAUAAAUAUUUUUAUCUUAACGAUGGAGAUGUGAUACAGACAGAGGGAGCCACACUCAGAGUUUUACAUACGCCUGGACACACCGAUGAUCAUAUGGUUUUACAUCUAGAAGAAGAAAAUGCUAUAUUUUCUGGUGACUGUAUUUUAGGGGAAGGAACAACAGUCAUUGAAGACCUAUAUGAUUAUUUGAAAACUUUGAAGACGUUGCUAAAAAUGAAACCAGAUUUAAUAUAUCCUGGUCAUGGACCAGUAGUACGUGAUGCAAAUACUAGAAUCCAAAACUACAUUUCUCACCGACUUGCACGUGAAAAGCAAAUUCUAAAUGUUUUCCAGAAGAAUCCUGGAAAAUCAUAUACAUCCUCGGAGCUUGUGAAGAUAGUAUACCAGGAGAUCCCUGAAAAUUUACUUCCAGCAGCAGAAAGUAACCUCUUAGUCCACUUGAAGAAGUUGGAAAAAGAAGGAAAAGUGUUACGUGAUGCAACACCGAACUUCACAUGGCGAAACAAUUUAUAAGUUACACAAGAUUGCUCAAGAGUAUCUUUAAUCUGCACAGUUGCUGCAUGAAAAAAUAUAAUUCUGAGCUGAUACAAUAUGUAAAAUAAAAACUAAUUCUUCUUUCUUUUUUUUUUUUUAAUGGUAGCAUAAUUUUAAAGCAAUGUUACAGUCAGUUAACAAAUAUUUUUAAUAUUCUACUUUAUGGAAAUUUUAAAAAUAACCUGAUAGGUACUGAGUUAAUACAAUAGAAUGAGUAUGAAGAACUAAAUAAAUCAGAUUUAUAAAAAAACUCUGCUAAAAGGAAUAGAAAAUAUGUUACUCUAAACCCAUUUUCAUUUGCUUGCACUUUUCAAAAAGUGAUUUUCUAGUAAGCUAUCUAUACAUUCUAAAAAACAAGUUAUUUUUGUUAACAGAUGUAAAUACUGGGGUUUAUACUGGGGUUAAUUUAGCUGCCUAUGCACAUCUUAGCUGGUUGCUCCCUGCAGUAUGUUUUAACAAACACUGAAAGUAAUUCCAGAUUUCUGUUUUCUGGUGGAAACACUAUUUCAAUGGAACUCAUUCAAAGAACUCAUCAAUUUUAAUUAUUCAGUGUGAAAAAAAUGCACUCUUAAAUUCUUUCUCUUACGAUAUUCUGCAAGAAUGGAAUUAAAAAGCUGUAAAAAAUGAGAUGUGUAUUGCAAAUUGUAUUAAGAUAAAAUUGUCAGUUUAUAACUAGCAAAUUUCAAGUUUUGCUCUUAAAUCCAUUUAAACUAUAAAUAUUUUAAGUAAAGAUUGUAUUGGGUUGUAAGAUACUGUAUAGUGUAAAAUACGUCUGAAGAUUAAUUUAAACUGCAAGUUCAGUUCUCUGUGUUGCUUAAACUUUCCAAAUAGAUAUAAAUGUAUUUGCAUUAUUUUGUGUAUUCUAACUGUGGGAAGUUUUUGAUUCAUGCACUUGUUUUAAUGCUGGCUCAACCUUAGAAGAAAAAAAAAAUCAGAUACAAGGUAUAUGGAAGUACCAGAGACAAAUACAUAUCCUUGAAAAUCCAUUAAAACGUUUCACUGUUUGAUCCUGUACCUUCAUUUGUGAAACAUGCAUAUGCUUGGUUUUUAAGGUAUGUCUUAAUAGUUGUCAUUAUUUUACAAAGUUGAUGGCAUAUGUUCUGAUCAGCUGAGCCAAAUCCAAUACAAAAGGACUCCUAGGAACAGCAAUCCAAACUGAAAUAAUUUUCUGAAGUAGUAACCAGACCCCUGAAGAAGAGACCCCUGCUCUACAAAAUUAUGAGUUUUGCAAACUUUAUUGAUUUGGUUUUUGGCCAUAUCCUAACUCUUUCUCAUUUAACUUUCCGUGCAGAGCCAUUCUGGAGUCCUUUUCUGGUCUCCUAGUUUUUCUUCUUUUUGUAUUUUCUGUUUACUUGCAUUUUUCCAUUUCAGCCACUUUUUUUUUCCUCUCCUACCACAAACCUCAUUUUUUUCAAUUCCUUUUGGAUUGUUUCCCUCUUGAUAAUUACUCAGAAGCUUUCAUGUGGAUGUCUUGCCAUUAACAAUUACUGUUUUCCUGUACCUAUUUCUUGAAUUUAUAGUUACCUUUUCUGUUCUUAGGAAUAAAAAUGUUAUCAUUGCUUUCUUUUUUAAAAACAGUUCACAUGCUCUGAGUGAUGUAAUUUUGCUUCAGGAAAACAGAAAGAUCAGUGAAAUGGCACAGUUUUCUGUCCUGAGGUCUGAGAACCUAAGCCAGCAGGAAAUUGGUAUGAAGAGGUGAUGUCUCAUAGCCUUUCUGAGCUAAAGAAGAAAUCUGUUGUCAGGCAAAAUGUCACUGAACCAGUUUCUUCUGGUUUACUAUAUGUCAGUUUUAAAUACACGGAAAUGGCUUUUGAGUUUGAUUAAAAGAAUCAUUGGAACUUGCAGGCGGUGAAGAAAGGGAGAGGAUACAUAUCAGAGAAUUCCAUUUUCCAUGCUGUGCUGCAGCCUGGCAUACUCAAAAAAUGGGGGGAAAUUGGAGUUUAACAUGACUUAUCACUAAUGGUCAUAUAUGGUGCCUCUGAAAUAUUAAAAGCAGGUUGUACUGUCACUUGAGAUGUAUGUACAAUAAAGGAUACUUAUAUUAGCUGUGACAUGUUGUAAAGGUCUUCAGACUCCUGAUUGUUUAUGAGAUUCUAAGUUAGGAGGAGUGUUUGUUUAUUUAAAAGUAGUAUGCUGAUGAAUUAGUCUGUUUACAUCCCUUGUAUUGAAUACAUUAAUCUGUGUGGAAUGCAUGAAAAGUUAACAAUAAAAUCAAAAGAAGGGGCAAUUUCUGUCUCAUCAAGCUA